GGAGCAGCUGAAGCUUUGCUCUCGGCGGGCGGUUGUCAGCGGCAUGAUGGGAUUUCCACCGUGGACAACGCCUCUGUCGACCGACGCCGGUGUCUGCGGACCCUGAACAGGUGCUCAUCUUUGAAUGCCAAAAACAGCUGACUCUUACGUAUCACUAUGGAAACCUCCCCAAAUGUUUCUGAACACAAGAAGGACGGUGUCCAAUCAGAAUGCUCCGAUCCCGGGGAGGCGGGGCUUGCAGAUCCCAAUGCCAACUGGGGGGCUGAGCCUAACUUCAACCUCAACCUCAAUCUGGCGUCACCGAGGAGCCCCCGCCCGGCCACAGAGACCUCAAAGCUGCACGGAGGGAACAAAGGAGGUGGGAAACCUGGGGCAAAAGGGGCGGUUACUAUGGAAACUGGCAAGUCAGCAAGCACCCUGGCGACUCCUGUGAUGUCACCAGGGGAGAGAGACGAUCCAUCGCGGCAAAAAAGCAAAAUUCCAGCUUUGUCUCGCUCACCAACUGCCGAGGCAUCGGUGAGCAGCCGAGGCGAGCAACGGCUGAAAUCCCCAAACCCCAAACAUACUCCAACGCUCAGUCCCAAGACGCACACACAUGGCAACAUGGCGGCAAGUCCAAAACCCAACCGAGUGGAGCAAACGGCGUUCGCUAGCAGCCCAAGAAUGACGGAGAGAGUCAAAACGCAAGUACAAAGACCGGAAUCUGCAAACCCCAAACCACAUACUGCACCGACAACUGAACUCACAACAAAGACUACAAAUAAAAUAACAGUUAGCCUGAAAAUGCAAACAAACAAGAAGCAAGAUGGUGGAAAAGAAAUUAGCCUCGAGACUCCAAAAACGCUUCAUCUUCCCGUAAACCACCAGAAUCUAAAAGGAGAUUCAAUUGUGAUCAGUCCAAAACUAACCAACAGAACCCCAACAAUGGCAGCCAAAACCCAAAAACUAGACCCAGCAAGCAUGAAGUCAAACGAGCCGACCGGACAUGACUCAAGAACUCACGGUUCUGAGACUAAAUCACAAACCCAGAGGGCUGAAACGGCACUGCUCGGUACCAAGACCCCUCAACUGAGUUCUCUGAGUCCCAAACCAUCCACACAGAGGAAGGCCUCCGGGACCAGGAACAGUAACGCAUCAGGGUCCAAGGAGAAUCUUGAUAGCAAAGAUUCAAGUGUUGGUUCUGGAUCCAAAACAAAUUCCAAAUCCAGUUCAAGAGCUACGAUGGAGACCAAGGACAGUCUGGACUCAAAAACUGGUUCUGAUUCCAAAGCCAAUGCUAAAACCGCAAUGGGGUCCAAAGAUAGCCUGGAUUCUAAAAACGGUUCUGCUUCCAAAACCAGUUGCGGAUCAAAGGACAGUUUAGACUCCAAAACUGGCUCCAAUUCCAAAGCCAGUCCGAGUUGUAAGUCUGGAAUGGGGUCCAGAGACAGCCUUGAUUCUAGACCUGCAACGGAAAUCAGAGCAAGCAAAACCAGUCCAGAUUCUAAGGCAGUCGCGGGUUAUACGUCUGUGAUUGGUUCAAAGGACAACCUGGAUCCUUCAGACUUGAAAGCGUGUUUCAACCCAAAAACUGGUCCAAGUAUUAAACCGGGUUCCGAGUUGAAUUCGAGCUAUAAUGCAGACGUCCUUUCCAGUCCUAAACCUGGUCUGACCCGUUUGACUUCUAAACCCUCUUUGGUGGUCUCUGGCUCUAAGGAGUGUUAUGUUGGAUCUGUCUCCCCAUCGUCCUCUAGAACUGGUCUGUCUGGGUCCAAAGAUGACAACAUCAAGACCACAAGCUCCAGGGCUAAACCCAGUCCACAUCCUAAAGCUGGUUCAGAAUCUUCUAAACUUGGACCAGUUAGGUCAAGUUCAAAGUCAGCUCUGGCAGAUUUGUCGCCCUCCUCUGCGCUCUCUCCUAGAAGUUCAGCAAGUAGGAGUCCUGGGUCUGGUCCAGGUAAAAGUCUCGGUUCUGGUCCAGCUGGCCCACACAGCGAGAUCCAGAGGAGUCCUGGUUCUGCUCCAGGUUCUGGCCCCAAAACCAGAACCACUGUUGCUUUGACAACGAGGGUGGGAUCCGCACCAGAGCCUGGAGCAGUUGGGUCUGUUGCUGUGGAAACUGACAGCAGGACACCCCAUAAUACCAAUCUUACUCUGGGUCUCACCUUUGAUUCUAUCACUAAGACGCUGGCACAAACAGGCACUGCCGACGAGGAAGAACAUUUGAAACCUUCAGAGACCAAAGUGACAGCUGUAGGAGGACCAGUGGUGUCCCAGGGGGCCGUGCGAGGGGUAGAUGUGACUGACAACGCAGGGUGGUCGCCGGGCACGCCGCUGAGCAAACCGAGUCACCUGGGAGACGCAAAUGCCAUCUCCGCUGGUAGCAACAUCCCAUCGUCAAGGGCAACGGGUGUGGAGAGCAAGAAGGAAGAGAAGAAAGAGGAGAUGGGAGAACAGAAAGAUGGGAGUUCUUCUUCCUCUUCAUCUCCAGCGAGCUCCAAGGCGUUGAGGGAGACAGCAACCAUGACUGACCCCAGCGGGAGGCUCCAUGUGUGGGGAGGGGAGCGGAGAGAGGUGGGCGUCCAGGUGGAGGCGGAGAUGGUCGAACUUUCGGCGUCCGGCCUGCACAGGGGAACUCCAGCCUACUCUCUGAUUGGCUCUACCAGCUGUCAGUCGGUUAGUUUGACCUCGCCGACUGCUCCGUCCCUGUGCUGCGCCCCCGCCGGCCAGCCGCCUUUCCAGCACGUCUGCAAGAUCGACAUCGAGCUGCGCAGCCAGUCGCUGUUUCCCUCCGUUGUGACCAACAAGGCGAGUUCCCUCCCCGCCUGUCUGCGCACAUACACCUUCCAGCAGAGCCCCGCCCUUACGCCAGAGCGCGGACGACGAGAUGUUAGCGCCGAGAGCAUCUGGGAGGAGGAGGAGGAGGAGGCGGAGGAGAAAGUAACGAAGGAGGGUGAGGAAGAGGACGAGACAGCGAAGCCACAGGAGGUGGCGUGGGACAAGCAGGGGAUGACGUGGGAAGUGUACGGCGCCUCGGUGGACCUGGAGUGCCUGGGCACCACCAUCCAGUCCCACUUGGAGUCCAAGAUCAGGGAGCAGGAGAAACACAUCACCACUCUGAGGAAGUCUGUCUGCUCCAACAGCAGCUUCAGAGGGUAUAAGAUCAAGAAGAGGAGGAAGAGGAGAGGAGGGAUUCUGGGAUGCUGCACGAAGCCGCCGGCUGUAGAAGACUAG